UGCCGGCGCCAGGAUGGCUUACCCGGCGGGGCAGCCCUUCCCCGGCCCCGAGGGAGCGGACAGAUACGGCCCGGUGCACCGCACGGGCUCGCCCACCGAGCUGGUGAGCAUGGGCAGGUCGGCAGCGCUCAGUCAGCACUCCAUUGCCGGGAUCCUGGCCGCCACGUCAGCGACUAGUGCGAUGGAGGUACCCGCCACAACUGCAGCAACUACUCCGGGCGAAGACCAGUCCCGCACCAGCGAGGACGACACUAGGCCCGGGACCACCCCGCCGACCCCGAGGCCCGAGCCCGCAGCGGACCGGGGCGAGGCAGGCGAGCCGGCGGGCAAGGACGCGACUAACGCCGCCGGGGACAAGAAGAAGAAGCGGAGAAACAGGACGACGUUUACCAGUUUCCAGCUGGAGGAGAUGGAACGCGUGUUCCAGAAGACACAUUACCCGGAUGUGUACAUGCGCGAACAGCUGGCUCUCAGGGCGGACCUCACGGAGGCCAGGGUGCAGGUGUGGUUCCAGAACCGGCGCGCCAAGUGGCGGAAGAAGGAGCGGUUCCAGCAGAUGGCCGGAAUCCGCCAGGUGGCGCUCGGCGCGGAUCCGUACGAGAUGCAGAUGGCUCCCAGACAGGAAGGAUACUCACAGAUCCAGACCCCUCCCUGGCAGCCGAGCCGAACCAGUAACAGCUCCUGCAUGUCUCCUCAGAUCAGCCCCCCUCCCACCUUUAUGGGCGUGGCCGCGCAGGCGCACCCCUACCACACCAGCGCCUCCCCAGGCAACCCCACCACCAAUAGCAGCGCGUUCCCGGAUCACAUGACCGUCCAUGUGACCAUGGCCAACGGGCAGCACCACACGGAUAUGACGUAUACGCAGACAUGCGCAGACAGGCGCAGUUCCAGUAUAGCUGCGCUCAGACUCAAAGCCAAGGAGCACAGCGCCGCGCUGGGCUUCAUGGGAGGACUGGUCGGACCUUCUUUCAUGUGAUGACGUCAUCCCCGUUGCCAUGGUGUCACCAUGGACACGUUAAGAGCCAGACUGGACGUUUGUAUCAUAUAAGGAAAUGGUGACGACCCAACACCAAAACACGGUUAUAACUUGACAUGUAUCAUGUUAGAUGAUGGCCAUGGGCAAUCGAGAUGCCACCAACAAGUCCGCCCUUCCAGCAUUUGCUGCAUUUUGUAGAAGUGUAUAUCUUCCGUACUCUCCAAG